AUGGCAUUCUUGUGUCCCGUACGCAUUCGCCGUGGGAAAAAGAAGAAACGUAACGAUAUCGAUAAAGAUCUGUCGAGCAGCCUAGGUCUGAACCAUGGCAUGGGACGGAUCACAGGGUCCGCCAGCAUUGAAACACUGGUGCGGGUUGGCAUCGAGAAAGAACACGGUCUUAGCCCGGAUAGUAAGAUGGUGGUGCUGCACGACUUCACGCCUUGUGUGGACGAUGAGCUGGAGGUGAAGCGAGGCCAAAUAGUGAACAUACUGUACCGUGAAAACGACUGGGUGUACGUGAUUGGGCAGGACACGCGGCAAGAAGGUUUCAUUCCGCACUCGUACUGUGCCCCCUUCAACACACAGCUCGCCGAUUUGGCCAUCAAGAAGAAGCUCCCUCGUGAUAUUGCAACGAUGGGCGCUCCUGGUGGCGGCAUCGGCAACGGAGUUGGGCUGACGGCGGCCGAUCUGAUUGAUGGAAUGCCGGAUAUAAGCAUGGACGUGUUAGAUGAUAGCACUGGGCCAGGCUUGCUCACAAACGCGCUGAAGCACUCGCAGGCGAGUCUCAGUUCUGAGCCAGACUUCUUGCCAUUUGCCAAGGACCCGAGUGGCCGCUACAUUGUGCUGUAUACGUUCAUAGCACGUGAUGAGAAUGAUGUUUCGGUGGAGCGAGGCGAGUUUGUUACCGUCCUGAACCGCGAGGAUCCUGAGUGGUUCUGGAUCGUGCGUAGCGAUGGGCAGGAGGGUUUCAUCCCGUCCGGGUUCGUAUACCCGGCGGAAAACAUCUUGCAGGGAACAAACAUGACCGUUUCAAAUCAACAUCAACAGCACCAAGCCCAGCAUCAACAACAGCAACAGCAGCAACAUCAUCAACCGCCAGGCAUAGGAUCGGACGAUCUUCGGUACCAUGGAACGGAACUAGUAAUGCUCUACGAUUAUAAGGCACAAGCGCCAGAUGAUUUGAGCGUGCGGAGGGGCGACUGGAUCUAUGCGGACCUCAACAAUCAGACUGUCGACGGAUGGUUGUGGGCGUACGCACCGAAAACCCGCAAGUACGGGUUCAUUCCCAAAGCAUAUGCCCGUCCACCUGCCAUGACGAGUCUGUAGGAAGGCAUUCCCAUGCGUUUCGUUUUUGUAAUCGUUAAUUUUAAAUUAUUUGUAAACCUCAAACAGUACUAGUAUUUAAUUUGGAUGUAAUUCCAUCCCAUUUUGUGUGCAUCCCAUACUUAGCAGGGGAGUGAUACAGUUUCGCUGCAUUCCCUGAUUCGCGGUGUUUUAAUUUCAUGGAGACAUAACUCAUUCCAUAG